AUGUUAGUGUUUCCGCCAAUGCGACCCGAGUUGCGUGAGGAAGGAUGUAGGAUAGCCAGGUGGAUGCCUGCAGAGAGGUUUACUCCUUACUUUGCGAGGGCUACAGUUUUACCGCGUCUUCCGCCUCAGGAGGAAAGUGACGAUUCUUUCGGUGGUUCGUCCCCGGAACAUGUGAGUGAUACCGGUGUUGGUGAUGUCGGCGAAGGUGUUUGUGGAUGGAAAGGAUGCGGAUUGAGAUUCCCGAGUGUGGCGCGACUGUCGGCGCACAUUGCGCGGGUCCACGCGCACGCGCAUCGAGACGGUCUCUUUUAUUGUUGCUGGAGGAACUGCUCUAGACCCCAAAGAGGAUUUAAUGCAAGAUACAAAAUGUUGGUGCACGUCCGCACGCACACUAACGAGCGGCCACACACUUGCAACCAGUGUCAGAAGAGCUUCUCUAGAGCAGAGAAUUUAAAAAUUCAUCUCAGAUCUCAUUCUGGGGAAAAACCUUACGUCUGUCCUUAUGAGGGUUGCGGCAAAGCGUAUUCAAAUUCAAGCGACAGAUUCAAACACACGCGCACACAUACGGUGGACAAGCCAUACUUUUGCAAAGUGCCAGGAUGCAACAAGAGAUACACCGAUCCAUCCAGCCUUAGAAAGCAUGUCAAAACGUACAGACACUUCACAAAUGAAAGAGAUAACCCGAGACGAGAGUCUUCAGACGAGCACCAAAGUUCAGACAGUUUGUCGCCUCGGAGAGAAAGCUAUGUACAGACAUGCACAUCAUAUAGUCCACCUUUAAUGACUCCUAGCCUUCCAUACAGUCCUCGCACGUUCUCUAAUGCCUUGGGAACACCUUUAAGCUAUGCCCCUAUUGUAGAGUCCGUCAGCUAUGUAAGGCCUGUCGAACACAUAUACCCUCUAAGAGUGCCUUCACACGAAAUGUCUCAUGUGGAAUACACUCAAAUGUAUGAAUAUGCAUACAGAAACUAUUAUUCUUGUGGCCUUAAUUAUUCCCCUUUGGAGCCUACAGUAAGUGAAAAAUUAUAUAAAUAUGAAGCUCAGACACAAUACGAAGAUAUUUCGAUGAAAGAUAUACCUGAGACCUACGAGGAAGUACCGUUGAAUUUAAUUUGUACAAAACGUUUGGAAAACAAUCCUAUUGAAGAUCUAGUAAGACACACAGAUUUACCUUUAGAUUUAAGUACUAAGAGU